AUGAGGGCAGUGAAUGAAGCCAAAGGUGGAUUCUUCUUUUUGAUGGUUAUGGAGGAACUGGAAAGACUUUUAUUUGGAAGACUCUGUCUUCUGGCAUACGAUCUAGAGGAGACAUCGUGUGGUAGAACAGCUCAUUCGAGAUUUGCAAUCCCUCUUAAUCCAACUGAAGAUUCAACAUGCAAUAUAAAGCAAGAGUAUAUUCUUAGAUUUAAAGACACAUCCAGUGCUGAUAAACCUUUUGGAGGUAAAACAGUUGUUCUUGGUGGCGACUUCAGACAAAUUUUGUCUGUCAUUGCAAAAGGAUCUAGGCAAGAUAUUGUUAACACUACUCUUAAUUCUUCGUAUUUGAAGGCCCACUCAAUCGGUGAUGGAAGGAUUGGGAGUUCCAUUGAUGGCAUUGAGAAAGUCCAAAUCCCAGGUGAUCUUCUCAUAAAUAAUUGUGAUGAUCCAAUAUCGGCAAUUGUUGAAAGUACAUAUCCAGAUUUCUUUAAUCAUUCCAGUGACAUUGAUUACCUUCAACAAAGAGCAAUUCUUGCUUCGACUCUUGAUAUGGUGGAGUCGAUCAAUGAAUAUAUGGUUUCACUCAAUCAUAGUCCUGCGAAGACAUAUUUGAGUUCUGAUACAGUCUGUAUAUCUGAUCAUUCUUUUUCAGCUUUGGAGCACGUACAUACACCCGAAUUCCUAAACAGUAUUAAAUAUUCUGGAAUUCCAAAUCACUCUAUUACUUUGAAG